AUGGGUGCUAUUGAAUGCAGUACUCUUGACUAUACUGACAAAGAGAAGAAGGAUAAGGCAGCAAAUUUGCGAUGGGGAGCGUUAAUACUCGACGGUAUUAAGUAUCUUGAAAAAGAAUGCGAGGCUCAUUUUGAAGAGUCUGAGAGACAGGAACUUCGUUGCUAUAAAGAAAUUCUUGGGCACAAGAAUGCAGAGGACACAGAAAACUCUGGAAAAUCUGGGAAGGCCACCGCUCUUCCUUCAUUAUUGCGUGCAGCAGCCUUUCUGAGAACGAAGCUAGUCAAUUGCCACCGACUCCCAGACUGGCUGGAACUGCAGUUCAGCGAUCUCUAUGAUGAAUAUAUUGGGCAGGACAAAGAAAAUGGGCAGACCAAAGAAAAUGCAGUUCUUGAUAGUAUCAGGGAGCUGUACAAAGCGGGUGCAAGGAUCAUAACAACAAACUAUGACGACGUUUUAAGCCGCCACUGCAAGACUGGGACAAUCAUACUAAAUGACGAGAAUACCUUACGUCGAUUUUUCGCCAAAACAGAUCCGCUAAGAGGGAUUCUGCAUGUCCAUGGACUGUGGAGUGAUCCGGCGGUUACUGUCCUUGACCCCGGCGAUUAUAACAGGGUCGCAUCACACUCGUUUCUGCAGCCGGCUCUUCGGUCUUGCUUUAAUGGUCCCGAGGUGCUUCUAUUUGUGGGAGCUGAAGGAGGGCUCAAUGAUCCAAAUUUUGGCCAUCUCCUAGACUGGGCUGAUAAGGAGCUGGAAAAUCUAACAAAACGACAUUAUAUCUUUAUGAGGAAUGGUGAAAAGAACGUGAAGCUGUCCCUCAAGGAGGUGAGAUAUGGUAAAGACUAUGAUGACCUCCCCGCAUUCCUUAAAAAGAUUGUCAUAGACAGCCGAGGCACAAAUGCUGUGAUUAGUUCACCUGGCAGUCUUAGUGCUGAAAGUUGUAUGCUCACCUCGGCUUUUAAGGGAGAAAACGAGGAAACACUUCGGUUGGUCAAUAGUGGCGCGAACAUGAAUGCCAAAGAUAUGUAUGGGUGCACAGCUCUGCACAUGGCUGCUUAUAGAGGGGAUGAAACGCUUGCUCGACAGUUAAUUGCUGCUGGAGCUGCCAAAGACAUCCGGGAUUUGAUGAACGAGACACCGGCGGAAAUGGCGGAGCGGCUGAACAAAAACGAGGUGGCUAAAAUUAUCAAAGGAACUCAAAUGGGGAGCCGCGAAAUUAAGGUGCAUUAG